AUGGCCUCCAUUCUUCGCCAGAUCGUUGCUGGCCCACGACUCAAGCAUCCCGAAGCAGGACUAGAUCUUUGCUAUGUCACCGACGACAUCAUCGCAACGUCUGGUCCUUCCGGUACAUACCCGCAACGCGCAUACCGAAACCCGCUCGAUGAGCUUGUCAAGUUUCUAGACUAUAAACAUGGUGCGAAUUGGUGUAUCUGGGAAUUUCGAGCGGAAGGCACUGGGUAUCCCGACUCGGAGGUUUACAAUCGCAUCCAUCACUUCCCAUGGCCAGACCACCAUCCCCCACCAUUUGCGCUUAUUCCCAAAAUCACGGCCAGUAUACGGGAAUGGUUGCGCCCGGAAGAGACUCAGCAGAAGGAACAUGGGCCGAUGGCGGAUGCGAAACAAGAGUUCUCUGACAAAAGGGUUGCCGUGGUACACUGCAAAGCAGGGAAAGGUCGCAGCGGGACUAUCGCCACAUCUUACCUGAUCAGUCAAGAGGGAUGGGCCAAAGACGAGGCGUUGCAGCGUUUUACGCAGCGGCGCAUGCGAGUCGGCUUCGGGAACGGAGUGAGCAUUCCUAGUCAACUUCGGUACGUCGGGUACGUCGACCGCUGGACGAAUCAGUUAGGGAAACGCUACGUCGACAGGCCAGUGGAGAUCCUUGAGAUCCAUACUUGGGGACUGCGCGAUGGUGUCAAGGUCAUCGUGCAAGGAUAUGAAGAGGAAGGGCGGAAGAUCAAAAGCUUCCAUCUUUUCCACCGCCACGAACGCACUGUAGUCGAGGCAGGCGAUGACGAAAGGCCCAUCGAGACGGUGACGCUUCCAACAUCAGGGCAAGCGGCCACGGACACCCAACCGUCUACGACUUCCCUUCCUGCUCAAGUCGGAGUACCCAGUUCAGCAUCCGAACUCUCAACCCAUACGACUGCUACAUCGAAUCUCUCGGCUAUCAUCUUCCGUCCACAGACGCGCAUCAUUAUUCCCAAUUCUGACGUGAACAUUGACUUUGAACGUCGCAGCAAAGCGUCAUAUACCGGUUUUGCUAUGGUCACUUCUGUUGCGCACGUCUGGUUCAAUGCCUUCUUCGAGGGGGGCGACGAAUUCGACUCGGGCGUGUUCGAAAUGGAAUGGGAUGCGAUGGACGGCAUUAAAGGAAGCGCGAGAAAAGGAAUUCGCUCCUUUCAGCGAAUGAAGGUUGUAUGGAAAUAUCCUAGUGAUCAUCCUGCGCAGGCCGAAUCUCAUCCUUCUGCAACCGAGCAACCGCUUAGCAAUUCAAAGCCUCGUGACCCAGCAAUGGAUUCGCAUGCUCCUUGGUUGCGCGGAAAAGGGGACGGUUCCUCAGCAAAUAAUGCACAAGGCUCCUCGCCGUCACAGACACAAGGUCAAGAAAAGGUAACUCCCUCGGAAGAAAAUACUUCGAAUCCCACAGAUCGCAUGUUGCUUGCUGUUAAUGAGGGCUCGCUCCAUGAGCUCCAGCGACAGCUGGGCCUACGAAAGCAAACCGAUGAAAGCAAGGACGUCAGCCUAGCAGGCACUGAUGACGAGACUCGAGCAAUGUUGGAGGAGGAAGCUUUGCACAAGAAAAGGAAUGUCGUCAGUGACCGUGAUCACCCAGAAAGCGCUGCGAGGCACGAGGAAGAUGAAGGUAUACAGCCUUACCUUGGCCAUGAAGGCGAGGAAGGCGGAGCUAAGACACUGAAUUCUCGGGCGUAA